AAUUUUUCAAGCCAUAUCCAGCUGAUAGGAUGAAAAAGUUUAAGAGGAGACUGUCCCUCACGCUCAGGGGAAGCCAGACUAUUGAUGAGUCCCUGUCGGAGCUGGCUGAACAGAUGACCAUAGAGGAGAGCAGUAGCAAAGACAACGAGCCCAUUGUGAAGAAUGGCAGGCCGCCAACGUCUCACAGCAUGCAUUCCUUCCUCCAUCAGUACACAGGGUCCUUCAAGAAGCCCCCACUGCGAAGACCCCACAGCGUUAUUGGAGGAAGCCUUGGUUCCUUUAUGGCAAUGCCCAGAAAUGGAAGCAGAUUAGAUAUUGUUCAUGAAAAUCUGAAAAUGGGAUCAGAUGGUGAGAGUGACCAAGCUUCUGGGACAUCAUCUGAUGAAGUCCAGUCCCCUACAGGUGUUUGCCUCAGAAAUCGUAUACAUAGACGGAUCUCGAUGGAGGACUUGAAUAAGCGGCUGUCGCUGCCUGCAGACAUCAGGAUACCCGAUGGCUACCUGGAGAAGCUGCAGAUCAGCAGCCCGCCCUUCGACCAGCCCAUGAGCCGCAGGUCCCGCAGAGCCUCCUUAUCAGAAAUUGGGUUUGGGAAAAUGGAAACCUACAUCAAAUUGGAAAAGCUUGGAGAGGGCACAUAUGCAACGGUAUAUAAAGGGAGAAGUAAGUUGACAGAGAACUUGGUGGCAUUAAAAGAGAUCCGCUUGGAACACGAAGAAGGUGCACCCUGUACAGCUAUAAGAGAAGUUUCACUGUUAAAGGACUUAAAACAUGCAAAUAUAGUAACGUUGCAUGACAUCGUUCACACGGACAAGUCUUUGACUCUGGUCUUUGAGUACCUGGACAAAGACCUGAAGCAGUACAUGGACGACUGUGGGAGCAUCAUGAGCAUGCACAACGUCAAGCUGUUCCUGUACCAGAUUCUCCGUGGUUUGGCAUAUUGCCAUAGAAGAAAAGUGUUGCACCGGGACCUGAAACCACAGAACCUCCUCAUUAAUGAAAGAGGAGAACUAAAGCUGGCUGACUUUGGACUAGCCAGAGCCAAGUCAGUCCCCACCAAGACCUACUCAAAUGAAGUUGUCACGCUGUGGUAUCGGCCCCCUGACGUGCUUCUUGGUUCCUCGGAGUACUCAACUCAGAUCGACAUGUGGGGAGUUGGCUGCAUUUUCUUUGAAAUGGCUUCUGGAAGACCACUGUUUCCAGGGUCAACUGUGGAAGAUGAACUGCACUUAAUAUUUCGACUACUAGGAACUCCAUCUCAGGAAACUUGGCCAGGUGUUUCUUCAAAUGAUGAAUUCAAGAACUACAACUUCCCAAAAUAUAAGCCACAACCUCUAAUUAAUCAUGCACCCAGGUUAGAUUCUGAAGGAAUUGAGUUGAUAACAAAGUUUCUUCAGUAUGAAUCUAAGAAAAGGGCUCCAGCAGAAGAGGCCAUGAAACAUGUGUACUUCCGAAGUCUAGGGCCGAGAAUACAUGCUUUACCAGAAAGCGUAUCAAUAUUCAGUUUGAAAGAGAUUCAGUUGCAAAAGGACCCGGGUUUUCGAAAUUCUUCCUAUCCAGAGACAGCCCUAUCCUGAUCCUGGAAACUGCAGAGAAGAGACUUAAAACUCGGAAAGACUGAACCUGGAAUUCUCACAAGCCCCUUAAACUGACAAGGCCUCCGAAGGUAAGAGGUGCUACGUCACGCAGCGUGUCCAGGGUCCUAUGUUACCAGCUGAACUUGAAAGAAUAUUUACGUUAUAAUCCAUCUUUCAGACUCAUGACUGUCCAUGUUGGCUUUUCUUUAUGCCUUUAUGGUAUUAACGACAUGACGAUUACAUUAUUUAUUUCCAGACGUUGAACUCACUAAAAUAUUCCAUUUCUCCCUCCCAGCUUCUCAUAACUAUUAAUUUACUCUCUGUAUCUGUGAAGUUUCCUAUUCUAGAUAUUUUCUGUCCUGGCAACCGUACCAUAUUUAUAUUUUACGUUUGGUUUAUUUCUUUCAAGGCAAUAUCUUCAGAGUUUCUCUUCAUGGCCGACUGACGUUCCCUUGUGACUGAACAGUGUACAUGCUGUUGCGGUGAGCAUUGGUGAACACACAUGCUUGAGUUCCUGUCUCUAUCUCUUUGGAGUGUGUGCAUUAGAAGUAAAACUGCUGGUCAGACCUCACCAGCAGCUGCUCUAUUAAAUUCCUGGUAACGUGGGAGAGAGAAUUCUUCAUCCUUCAAUACUCAGUCUUGUCAGUACCAUCAUCAUGUCCCUUCUGACAGGCGCACACCGAAGGCCGCAUUGACAUUUACUCAUGAUUACCUACCUCAAGUGUCUUUUGUUUGUUUGGGUUUUGUUUUGUUUUUUUGCCUUUUGUAGACCUGCUUUAAAGAAAAGUUCUUCACGGAAAAAUGUUGCCAGUUUUAAUAACAGAGUCGCUUUGUUGAAUUGUAGGGAUUCUCUGUGGAUUCCCAGUCUGCCCUUACAAAGCACAUGAUUUUCAGUACUUCCUCCUGCUCUCUGGUGACCUUUCACUUGCUCGUGGGAGCGAGGCCGAAGUGUCAGUGUCACUUCUCACUCACCUAUUCCGUUGCCAGUGCCUUUGGUGUCAGAUUUUACAAACCUAUUGUCAGUUUUCUAAGACUGCAACUAUCUGAAGUUUUAGUCUGCAAGUUCGGUUCAUACAAAUCCAGCUUCAUUCUUUUGAAUGUAAACAGUCGUUUUUCCAUCACCACCAUUUCUUGAGGAGGUGCCCACAUUGAAUGAUCCUCACAACCUUAUCAAAAACCAGUUUGCAGUAAAUGCAAGGGUUUAUUUCUGGACCCUCUGUUCUACUCCAUCAAUCCAUACAUCUAUAGUCUGGCCAUUCCAAUUUUACCACAGGUCUUUUUUUUUUUUUUUUCCUCAGUAUAGCUUUUGGGACAGGGGACAAAUUUUGAAAUGAGGAAAUACGAGUUAUCCAAUAGAUAUGUCCAGCCUUUUGACAGUUAUAUAUAAAAUGAACUACAAACAGAAUCUCACAAGGUUUUAGUUGCUCAGGAUUCUGGGUUGGGUUAUAGUCGUAGCCAUCCUUGGUCCCAUGCAGCAGGCAGGCUGCAGGUUGGGUGUUUUGAGAGCUUGAGGUUACCUAGCAUCCCCCGAACCUCUCCAGGUGAGUUUAGAAGAAGACAAACAAUAGGCCCACAUUGGCAUCUCAGUGAGGAUUGCACUGAGCUUAAGUCCCGUCCCCAAAGGUGGGCACUGCUCUCUCAACGUUUUUCCUGGUCCACAAGUUCGAGGUGUUCUCUGUUUAUUUAGGUUGUCUUUAAUGCUCUCAGCAAUGGUCAGUAGUUUUUAAUGUAAAAGUAUUCCCCCUCCAUGGUUGAAUUUACUUCUCAGUAUUUAUUGCUGCCGGUGUAGGUGCGAUAGCUUUCUUAGUUUCUGUUUGAUUUUUCUUUUCAUUGCUAGUGCUUGGAAAUACAGAUAAUUUUGUUUUGUUUUGAUUUUGUAACUUCCAACUUUGUUGACUUUUUUGCCUUUUUAAAGGUUUGUUGCUGUUGUCCAUUCUUUACCUCUACGUACAAAAUUACAUCAUCUGUAGGAAGAAAUAGCUUGACUUUUUCAUUUAUAAUUUGGAUGCCUUUUCUUUCUUCUCUGUUCCUUUUUUUCCCCUUCAUAAUUGGUCCUUUAGAGCUCCAGUGUUACUGAGCAGUGAAUGAAGGCCAGUAACUUGUGUUCCUGGUCUUGGGAAAAGCUUUCAGCCGUCCGUCUGUCCGUCCACCCGUCCACCACCCCUGUAACUAGGUGGGUGUGCAUUCAGCCCUUAUGUUUAAGGAGCUUCCUUCUCCCUAGUUUCCUGCGAGCUUUUACCAGGAGGUUACUGGUCGGUCGGCUUUAUAGUUGAAAACGUUCUCGCAGUCGUUUGUGAUGGCCGUGCUGUUUUCUUCACUCAUUACCUUGAUUGAUUUUUUGUGUUACAUCAGCAUUUCGUUCCUGGAAAGAAUCCCACUCGCGAUGAAGGAAAGUUUAAGCAUCCUUUUAUGAAAACAUUUGGGACCAAACGUGUCUCAGAUUUCAAAGGGGUUUUUUUGCCCCCAGUUUGGAAUAUUUAUUUGCCUGUGGUAAUUGAACAUCCCCGCUUCAAAACAAUAAAUCUGAAAUGCUGCAAAACAAUCUAAAAAUGUUUUGAUCAUUGUUACUCUAAAAGUUUCAGGUGCCAACACCCUUUAGGUUUUAUAUCAGGGACGCUUAAGUUGUCAUUCUUUAAACACGCUCUCCAAUUUGCUAGUAUUGAGAAUUUUUGCCUGUAUUUAUAACGGGUCUGGCCUGCACUCUGCUUGCAGCAUCUGUCUCCAUUUAGUGUUAGCAUUGCUGGCACCUGAGGUGAGUGAAGGAGUGUUCGCCCCCUUCAGUUAUGUGAAGUGACUUAAGAUGGCUUAGUUCUCCUAAUCCCAUGCUGCUUUGCAUCUAGCUGUUUUUUAUAGUAGGCCAUCUUGAUGCCUUUCCUUCCUUUCUUUGUGUGUGUGUGUGUGUGUGUGUGUGUGUGUGUGUGUGUGUGUGUGUGUGUGUAGUUGUUUUGAUAAUAUAUAUUACAAAUAUUAAUUAUUUUGAGUUUGUGUUGUCUUAAGAGUUAAGAGUUGUGUUAUCCCCUAAUGUCAUCCCCUUUUAUUAUUCUGUCGGUGACUCUAGUUCUUAAAUUUUAAUCUAGAUUCUUAAUUCUUUCUUUGUUUUACAUGUUCAUUUGUAUCAAAAUGUUAAGUGGCAAUACAAACUCACAAACUUGGUAGAAUUAAAAAAUUUUAAUGUGUUCCUACACACGACGAAAUGCGUAUUUUCCUUCUGGAAUGUUUUCUAAUGCUAAGUUCAGACCCUGGGCCUCAGGUAGAAGGUUUGUUAGUCGAGAGUUUAGUUUCCACUUCUGACCUAAGAAAACUACUGACAACAUCCGUCCAUCCAAAACAAGAAGAAUAUAAGUAAAUUACUGAUUAAAAAACUACUUCGAUGUGAAAAGAAUAUGAGUUGACCUACACGUGUAACUAUAUUUUAAUAAACUUGAUAUUUUAUUGAAAAAAAAAAGAGUUGACCUACGAUGGUUGGAAGGCCUUUUCAAACUUUCCAGCUUCUCUCUAAGAGGCCAGGCUUUUCCUAAUCUAUUGGAAAACUAACAUUCUUUUAAAGCUAUCACUUGACAGACUAACAUGUACUCUUGUGAGAAAGACAGGCGGACAGUUCUUUCACAGCAGUGGCUGUGCUGUCCCUACUGCGGUGCAGAUACAGGAUUGCCUGGGAUACUGAAAGAUGCUUCACUGGGCUGUGGACAGGACAGACAGACUUGUCUCCCUCAGACUGAAUUCCUAGAACAGUGCUAGUGAAGCAUUUCAAGUGCUCCAGCCCCUUUGGCAGCUGUAGUGACAGUUCUUAGUUAGGUCUUCCAGUCCCCCCACCCCCUGGGCUAUUACAUAAUGAUUCAAUGAAAGGGCGGGGGUGUGGGCUAUAGGGUCAUUGUGGAAUGGUGCUCAUGCUUCUUUUGUUUUUAUCUGGAAACACUGGAACUCGUUAGAAAGAUUGCCUUGGAAGCAUUCCAGCCAUUUGGCUCUUCCAGACCCCAGCCAGCCAAUCUUUCAGGACUUAGCUAUCUGGGGACCCCUCCCCAUCUUUCUGAGCUUAUGCUUUAUUGCUACUAAUUAUUCUAUGUUGCUUUCUCGUACGAUUUACUCACCCCGGUGUCUUCUUCUCUUGCCUACGCUUGAGUCUCCGCUCUUUCUUCUGGAAGUCCUUCUCUGUACCCUACCCUACUACAGAUUGGUUUAUGGGCCCUCCAGUUUUACUUCCCUGAUGUCUGUUGUCCAUGUACUUCAAAAUAUAAAAAUACUUAAUCAUUUUUUAUCAUCACUCAAUAACCCAUAAGCCCUGUGAAGAAAAGGAUUACUAUGUCUUGGACUAGAUAAGAAAUAGUAUUUGUUGAUUAAGACACACGAAAUCCUUGUUUGUAAGUAAAACUUACCACUUACAUAACUUGGCCUUGUCUCCUUUCUUUGAACUAGAGAUUAAUGCAAUCAGGAAACCUAAGAACUAACUCAUAAUCAAGUUGUUCUACCUCUACACACACACACACACACACACACACACAGAGAUCUCACAUAGGACUAGGAAUAAAGUCAGUACAGAAGUCCAGGCAGAACAGUCUAUAAUUACUGGGAGUCUCCUAGGCAACAGUGGUGUGUGCUUGGUAUGGUGUAAAGACAUAGACUACUAGUUCUUAAACUUAAAAGACUUAUCUUUUAAGCAUAUUGACCAACAUCAUGGCCUCUUCAAUCAAAGUAUAAUUUUAAAAACUGACCAGCUGUUUCUUUGAGUCAGUUAUUUAACUAGAGUUGGUCUCAGUUCCCUUUUGUAAAAUGAUGUAUAUUAGUCCUUCCUUCGCAGGGCUCUUCCCUCACAGGGCUUGGACUUGGAGCUCUGGACUCCAGCUGUUUCUUUGAAUCAGUUACUGAAGUACCAUUGGUCUCAGUUCCCUUACUUGUAAAAUGAUGUAUAUUAGUCCUUCCUUCGCAGGGCUGUGUGAGUUCUCUGGACUUGGAGCGUGGAGCAGUGCUGCACACUUGUGAAGUAGUGUAGAAAUAGUUCCUAUCAGUAACUGAACCUGUCACGUGAUGGGAUGAAAAUGGGGCUUAGGUUCCACGGUCAUUUAGAAGAAGGUACCAGAACUCAGUGGCAGUUCCGUAUUGGGCGCCAAACAAGGGAGUUCUGAUGCAGAGAUGCCAUGCCUGAAGGUUUAAACAAAGGGCACAGGACCACACGUGGCCUUGCAUCUCCUUGGGUAGAAGCAAUGUUUCUGCAGUGCUUCCUGGAAACACGGUUGGUUUUCAAAUGCUUCUUCAGUAAGUGAAUAAUUCCCUACCACACCUACAAAUAUGUUAUAGCUUAUAUAGCUAUGGAUGUACCCCUUUUAAAAUUGUACUGACAGUUAACAUCAGUCUGGGUCUCUGCUUAUCUACUAUUUCUUCCUUCCUACACACACACACACACACACACACACACACACACGCACGCACACACACACACACACACACACACGUCUUCUGAACCAAACCACCUGUUGACUGCACUGAGCUCAUUGGAAGUAAAACAAAGAAGAAUAACCUUUGCCAACAAGUCUGUAGUUCAUACGUCCUUGUGUCAACAAAAUGGCUAAAAGGAAAAAAUUAGUUUCUCCCCUUUUCAUUUUCUUGCCUCAGUAUAGAGCAAAUGACUGAACUUGGGUAGUGGUGGCAGUAGUGUGUGUGUGUGUGUGUGUGUGUGUGUGUGUGUGUGUGUGUGUGUGUGGUGCACAGACACAGAGACUAGAUGACAUCAGCUGCCCCACUCAGCACUCUGCCUUACUUCUUUUUGAGACCUAGGCUUCUCCAUUUCGUCUAGACUGGUGACCUGCCGGCCUCGGGCUUGUCCCUAAGCCUCACAGUGCUGGACUUAGAGACCCAUGCACAGUUAUGCCCAACAUGGGUGCUGGGGUCCUUCUGCUCCCUUACACACCAAGCAGCCACAUGUCUUAAGAUCAGGAAACCAUCUGAAAUCCAUUUUACUAUUCUCCCAAUUCAACCUCAGUGGCAAGGAGUGUGUGUGUGUGUGUGUGUGUGUGUGUGUGUGUGUGUGUGUGGUGUACUGGGCUUUAGAGUCUCACACAUGCUAGGCAAGCACUCCUCUACUGCACUAUAAUCCUUAUGCACACAGAAAGCAUUCAAUGUGCCAUGUACAGAGAUAGGAUUCUGUAUUUAUCCACCUUGUUAACGCAGAAGGAGCCAUGUUGGAGUCACUGUAAGUAAAUGGAAAUGAACAAACCCACUUGCCUCUUAGCACUUUUUUUAUUACAAAGUAUUUAUUCAACAAAACAAUAUGACAGUAAAAAAACGACACCCAUGUGGCAGCGGAGGAAGCUUCUCAGCUGUAGGGAAGCUGCGCAGGGACUGAGUUCAGCUUCCACAGUGAGGUUCUAGAGCUCCAACGGCAGCUGCAGCAGCUGAACACUGAUUAAGCAAGCAUAAGAGCCGGGGAUGCUUUUUGCAGCCUAUUUUCUGGCUAAAUUAAUCCUGUUAAAAACACAGAAGACGGCGAAGCUGUUAUUCUCCAUCUUCAGUUCUCCCUUGAGUAUUUGGACUCACCAAGAAUGACACAGUGUAUCUAGAAUACAGGAUAAUCACAGUAAUUGGAGGACAAGGAAACAGCAGGCAGACUUACAGUCACAUGAACAUUUCCAGCCAGCAUUUAUAGUUUAAAAGUCUACAAAAAGUCAUUCUGUUGAGAUUCCUGCACACUCCUUGUUCCUUCCUAAGAAUCUUGCAUAUCAAACGCACCCUCAUCAAGCAAUUUUCAGCACUCCAGCCUGAUGUUUCCGUAGGUGUUGAACCACUCCCACUCUACCCUCAGUGAAUGCUGUGGCCCCAGGCCGCUCCCUGCCUCUCACCUGGUUCUGUGGGCCUGUCUUGACCGGAGAACAGCGGAAGCACGCCCUCUGAAAGCCCCUCCCAGCUCUGACACUGCGUUCAGUAAUUAUAGUCCCCUGAACCAGAUCCUUUUUAUUUUAGUACACAUUUAUUCUUUGCCAUGAGGGAGUGGCAGGGUGUCUAUUUAUGGGCUUGGAGCUGUCUUCAUGGCCUUACAGUCAGAGGCUUUUUCUCUUCUCUUAGUAAGCACACACCCCUUAGAAAGAUAGUCCCAUUCCGGUACUAAGUCUCAAUUUGUAAGUAUCUAAACAUAAUUUUAAUUGUUUAAAAUUCAGAUUUUUUUUGCAUAAACUUUUUUUUAGCCCCCUUAUGAUUUGUUAUUUAUCUAUUCUGUUGAGGCACAUUUCAAAUUGUACUUUGGUUUUUGUUUUUGGUUUUUUUUAACUACUUGUGGAUAAGUAGUGUUUCAGCUCACCUGAUCUUAAAUUGAAAGCACUUUGAGUCCAUAGUCUUACAUCAGGACUUCCCCUUAAGCACAAAUGUGCUGCUACCUUCUGGGUUUUACCAGAUGAGGGCCUGCCGCCUUCACAGCCCUGACCCACGGCACAUGAAGCCUUCCCUGCAGAGCAUCCGAGGAGCUGCUGCCUCGGAUUCAGAGUGAGAUUCCUGAAGAGUUUUCCUUUAUCGGAUUGCCUUCCUUCUCGCCACCAAUUGAAUACAGAAAGCAGUGUCUCUCGGGCGCUCAUCUUGAGAAGCAAGGCUUUCAGUUCCUCCAGAUCUUAGUAACGCAUUUUGCUUUAAUCCACCAAAAAUUACCUAUACACAGGAAGUAUAUCUACAGAAAGCUGGUAUUAUAUAAUCGUUUCUUUGUUUGAAUUCGCCAUCUGUGAGCAUCUCUCCAAAACAUUCUUAGUUUGUCUCCCAGCCCCCUCUUUGGGAGAGGCAGGGAGACAGAUUCCUGGGGUUUGUACCCACUGCCUCAGCACAUGCAGGGCACACAUUCUACUGAGCUAAGUCCUCAGCCCUACAACAUUAGGUUUUAAAUAUUAAUUGCCGUGCCAGGAAUCUUAAGAAACCUUAACUCCCAGCAGUGAUAAGAUCCCAGAUGGCUGUGGUUGUAGGAAAUGAAGAAGGCAGGGCUAGUCUUUAAAUUAAACACAAACCUGGGAAGUCCCCUCGAGAGUUUGGCUGGCAUGGACUUAACAUAGCCUUAGCAGCCCAGACUUCUGCCGGGGGGUUAGAAAGGCCUCUAUAGAUGACUAAGCCACUGGCCUCUCAAAGUUCUCCUUUUAAAAAAUGCACUUUGGAACAUGUUCUUUAAAGAAUGUUUAUUGUCUAAAUAUGGCUUCGUUCAUUCUUAUAAAAACAUUACUUGGACAUUGUAUUUACUGGAUUUCAGUUCAAAAGAAGUCCUAAGGCAGUUCUUAGUGAUAGAAGUACACUUUGAUGGUGUCUACGUGAGAAAAUAGCACUCUACUGAGAGCUGUUUGAUGCCAAUGCGUCCUUCAAACAUUUCCUCUCAAUACUAGAAAUACACAAGUUCAUGUACAUAAAACUAAAUGCAAAGGAAGGCACAGCUGGUUAUACCGUGUAUACAAGCAGAGCUCAGCAUAUGUAGAUUUAAAGCGAUAGAAAGCUUCACAGCCUUAUUAGUUACACUGAAAACAUUAAGAAAGGCUCCUCACUGUCAGUGUUCAACACUCCAGAGCUAACAGGAUAAAAAACAAACAUUAAAAUCCACUUGAUGCAAAACAGACUUCCAUAGAGAGCUGAAAUAUAUAUAUAUAUAUAUGUAUAUAUAUAUAUAUAUAUAUAUAUAUAUAUAUAUAUAUAUAAAACCGUCUUUUAAAAUGGUGACAUACAUCUAGAUUAUCCGUGUUAUGAAAAGUGCAAACCAAAUUGACCGGGUUUCACGACGUCCUUCUCAUGACACAGGUAAACUAGCCCAGAGGGACAAACUGGCAUCAUCAGUUCUGUGAGUCCUUAGUCGCUGACAGUGGCGGUGGCUGUCAUCAUGAUUUCUGAGAGCUGGAGGACAGCAGUACUGGAGAUGGGGCUCUAUCCAGACUGGGGAGCGGCAUGGGCAUGUGACCAUUGAGCAGUGUGGGGAACUGUGAGGGACAAGAAGCAGUCAGUUAGUAACUGUGCCAAAGCCAUUAAGGAGCUUGCAUUCCUUAGAAUUACAUAGACAGACCAAUGUAAGUUGUUCUCUGAGCCCAGCGAUGGGAGCUGGCUGCUGAGCUGUUUACAAAGGUUACAUAGAGCAACAGAGCCCAGAAAAUGCCCCCAUUCUGUGUGUCUAAGGCCCCAACGUGUCCUUCACAUGUUAUGGUAAAGUUUAUUCUACUAAUUUUUAAGGUUCUACGCUAGUUUGCCGAUUUGCCUUAAAUAUUGAGGGGUGAAACUGAAAACCAAGACUCUUUACAAAUGGGUCAGUAAUCUCAAAUUGUGAAAUUUGCUGUCAGUUUCCCACAGCACAUCAGAGAUGUCUGUCAGUUCUUGUUCAAAAAUGAGGAGCUGUUACUAGUGCUGACUGCUCUGUUGACAGAGGGCUUGAACCUUGAUUCCAGCACCCAUGUCCUCUAUCCGAACUAUCCCAGUGCCAGAUCUGUUGUCCUGGCCUCUGUACAUUUUUCUAAAAGAAAGAUGAUCUUAAACUUUCCUGGAGGUGACAGAACACUUUCGUUGAUCUAAUAUCCACUCAUUCAGUCACCCUUGCCCAGGCGAACAGUGAGAUCUCUUGUGUUGUUGGUAACGAAAAUGGUAGCUGGCGGAACGAAAGCGCUGGAUUUCGUAACUGGAACAAAUACUUCAGCUGUGAUCCCAAACGAAGAAGGGCGAGCAGAAGCAACCUUGCAGAUGUGCUGCCCACUCACGGCUCGCAUCCUGCGUUGCCAAGGAUGCAGUGUGGCCGGCUGACCCCCCCCCCCCCAACCAGGUACUCUUGAAGCUUAAUCCCCGUUUAGUCCAGGAAAGUUAAAUAUUAAACCUGAGUACUAAAUAUCAAACUGCAGGGCCUGGCACACGUUAGAGGUACAAUAAAUAUUUGUAGAAUGAGUAAAUACUUUCCCCCCUGAACUAUUUCGGUAACGUUCAACGCCUUUGCUUCUCAGGGGCUGCCGUUUCACUGGGUCACCAGGAACCCAAUGAAAGGUUGGGUAAAGCCACCUUUGUUAUCAACACCUUCAUAAGUGAGAAAAACAAGUCCAAGAGCAGAUUCUGGUUAGCUCAAGGUCGUAGCUCCUAAGCGAAGGCAAGUUUUAUCUCCGGCUAUUUAUUUAAUGGUAAGUGGCGUAGGCAAGGGUUUCUUGUCAUUUGGGCUCUUUACAUUUCGUCUGACUUUGUUUCUGUCGAGUUACCGGAUCUAUCCGUAGGCACUUAAACCUUUCUAACCACACCCUUAACCCAACUCAUCCCAUGUUGACUUCAGGUGAACUGCAGAUACUCUCUGACCGUUUCAUUGGUGCCUGUGAAAGAAUCUUCUUUGGUGUUUUUAGCUCAUUGCAUGUGUUAGGAUGGAUUGCCGCCCACUCUGCGUACACUCAUUCGCCACAUUUCUCUUGAUCAGCUUGGGUCCCCCCAACCCCAGAAUGUUUAUUGGCUUUUCUCUCACCACAACUGUAAAAGUGGGCCAAGCCAAAAAGUUACAUAGAGCACAUUCUCAGUCGGAAACCAAGUCUUCUCUGCCCUGUUUCCACACAGACCUGCCUGUGAGAAAUGUCCCAGUGUGUUCGUAGGGCAGGCUCCAGAUUCAAGCUCGUCUUUGGCACCUCCCUCCCUUUACUGAAGCAUUUUGCAAAUACAAAACCAGACCUCUCGCAGAAAGAUUAGUGUCUUUGUCUGUUCUCUCCUUUGCUGAAAUUCUGCCAUAUCUGCUGUAAUCUGCUCAAAGCAUGGUGUACACUCCCAACAUUCAGGGGGCCGAGGCAGGAGGACUACUGUGAGUUUAAGGGCAGCCUAGGCUACAAAGCGAGUUGCAAGCUAGCCAAAUCUACAGUGUAUGACCCUGCACCAGCCACUCUCCCUCCAAGACAGCCCGACAGACAGAUCAUUGUCUCAGGAGAUCUGUGCAGCAACACCCCAGCCCCAACCAACUCCUUCCGGAAGGAUUUCAGUUCGCUCAUGCAGGAAGCAUGCCCACUCUGCUCUGUAGGUUGUCUGAUCAUUCAUUCGACGACAUCCAGUGUAUGUAAAUGAGGCUCACUGUUCUUUAUGCAUUUUGAAGGGGCUCAGUGGUAAUGUGCAUUCUGAGGAAGAGCUCGAUGUCUCGAUAUUUUUCCUCAGAAGUCUCCUUCCUCCUGGGAUGUUUGCUCUUUCCCAUUUUUGAAACUGCCACCUCCAACUUCUACAGGACCCGUUGCUCUCUUUUAUGAAAAGAGUCAUAUGUUAAAAGGUACGGAGUGGUUCCCCUUUGCACGUGGACCCAGCCAUAACUUGAGAACUCCAGGCCACACGACCUGCCAGCCAUCAGAGGUUGAUGUUGCAACCCCCACUUCCAACCUCCAUGGCUGUUUUUCGAAAGGCUCUUGGAUUGAAAAGAGGUCUGUUUGCAGAAAUUAAAAUGGAAAACUCUUUGCAGAUGGCUUUUGUGUGCAGUAACCUGCAGAAUUCUAAAUGUAAACUAGGAACCCUAGCCUGCACCAGUUCUCAGAAUGUGGUUCCUACCCUACAACAUUGUGAGAAGUGUGAACCAUUUUUCAGACCAUGCCCAAGACCCCGUGAAUCAGAAGCCCCAGGGUGGGCCUAGUUAGCAUCUUUACUUGACACACUACCCAUGUGACCCACAUGCAUGCUGACUUUGCAGAACCACUGAAUAUGUGCCGUGGACAUCUCCCGGCUCCCAGAGAUCCUGCCUGUCAGUGCACUGUAGGAAUGAACUCUUUACUGUUGGGAAUCCUGGAAUAGGAACAAAGUUCCACUGGCUCCUUGUGGCUUUCCUAGGAGGUCUUUAAGCCCCUGUACCAAUCUGAUGGCAGAACUCCCCAAAACCGUAGAAAUCAGAAGCUGUUUUUCAAAUAUUCACUGAGCUCUGCAGAAGCUCCAUGUUUUAGACUCUCUAGUGGUGCGGUCGGUCCUACCCACAAAGGGCUGAUGUAUUCACACAACUCCCUCCUGCUACGCUUCUACUAGACUCCGCCACUUCAGGUUAGAACGAUAACAACAUGUUCACUGUGCCUGACCAGAACUGAGCUAGGACGGGACAAAGGGCCAGGGAGAGAAGGAAACUCGAUUACUCCCGGUAGUAGUCACAUCAUGACACCCUACUCCAAGCCUGCUAGGAAACCAGACGCAAUCGAACCCUCUGAGGCCCCUCCACGCUUCCAAUGAGAUCCUAAAUCCUAUUGUGUUUACACUGUGUUCUUGCAGAGACGUGCUCAGCAAAUACUAACCUCGCUAAGCAAAGUGGCCAACUUAGAGGACAGACGGGAGCUCAUAACGUCUUAUUGACGUGUGUGCUUUGGCAUCAUGUUGCUAGGCCUUCAGUAGCGGCUGGCAUUAUUGUGACCAUCAACAUGCUAGAAACUGGGAAAUAGCACAGUACAUAGUUUGGGGCGAGCCAUCCUAGGGCAGGGUAAGCAGGCCGGGUAAGAUCAAGCUAGACGGGCUGGAGAGAUGGCUCAGUGGUUAAGAGCACUGACUGCUCUUCCAGAGGUCCUGAGUUCAAUUCCCAGCAACCACAUGACAUAGUGGCUCACAACCAUCUGUAAUGAGAUCUGUUGCCCUCUUCUGGUGUGUCUGAAGGCAGCUACAGUGUACUCAUAUACAUAAAAUAAAUAAUUCUUUUAAAAAAAGAUCAAGCUAGACAUUGAGGGACACAGAGCUGGCAAGGUGUCCACCUUUGCCUCAUUCCUGCCCUGCCUGUAUUCACAUCCCCAAGGCUGUAACACCUUGAGUUGAUGAGUAGCAAUCUUGAGGCUCAGGAAACACUGAUCUCCACGGGAUAGUGAGUAAAGGCUUCCUGGAAGAUUCCAGAAGAAGAAUGAAUAAUGAAAUGUGUUCGCCUAACUCAGGGAGGUCUUCAUUUUUUUUUUUAACCGUGUGCUGCACAGUAUUUUGUUACAAAAUCUGAGCUUAAUUAUGACCUAUAGAAUGAUGCAGGUAACGUGUCUACUCCAGUUUGCAAAAGCUGUUCACCGUUUUUUUUAUUUCUCGAUGUUUUUCAUGUGGAUACAUUGGCUAGUUGGGUUCCUAUUUUAAAGUCUUUUAUUGAGCUUUUACGAAAAUCAUUUUUAAAUAUUAAAUCGUUUCUGCAGUCAGUUUUCAGCUUUCUUAGUCAUGUGGAAGUGUCCAGAACACAGAGUCUAUGUUCGGAUUCCUAAUGUAAGCACUUCUUUUCUACCUCAGUGAAAAUGUCUGUCUGAAAGGCUGUGCAACCCAAUCCUUACAAAUCCCCCUUGGAAACUUUAACUUAGUAGCUCAGUGGCAGAAGGUACCAUCAGGGCCUUUGUGGAGUUUCGAGAAAAGCCAUCCCUUGGAUGACCUGUGUUUAAAAGCUCAUUUGCAAAAACACUUACCUGGAAAAGUGUGUUUGGCCCUUGCAGCCUAGCGGGACUCAGCGGGGCGACCGGACUAAGGCUGCUCCAGAAAUGUAUGCUGGGGAGCAGCGGACUUGGGGUCAGAAGCAGUCCACUUGGCGUCUAGAAGACAAGGCAACAGGCAGGUCUUGAUAGGGGUUCACCUAACACCAGCCAUGACCAAAAGCAGCGGAGUGGUUAGGUGUGUGGGCCACAGACAGUGAGGCACGCCUUGCCUUCUAGGGAAAACUGGGCAACUUUAGUUCUGUCGACAUGACUAGGAAGCAGUUUAAUUCUCCUCAAUACUAAUUUCAUGGGCAAUUCUUAAGCAAGUUACCCUGCUUAAACAAUCUGGUUGGAAAAGUCAGGUUUGUAGCAACGUGUCAAGCCGUUCCUUCAACCCCUUCCCCCUGCUACCAGGAGACACAUGUCCAGACUGAACAGGAUCCCUGGAAAGGACUUCAUUUCUUAUCAAACUUUUUGGCCACCGUGGAUACCGAUCACACCCAAAGUGUACAACCCCCAGGGGCACACACGUUUGUAUAAAGGUCAUCUCAGGCUUCACACGCCAUUAUCAACAGCCCUGUAAUCAUUGAAAUUCUAUUAGCGUGGAUCGCAGCCGCCUGUUCAGAAGCCCCGAGCUGAUUUCAUGGACUUCACUCUGGACGUGGGGCCGGAAAGAAUCCGUCGCCCUGGCAAUGGGAAGUAGAGCGGUAGAGCCAGAACUCGGCAUUUCUUAGAAGUGACGGGACUGGCAUUUGCUUGCCCACACUCGGCAGGAGGCCUGGCCCACAAGCCAGCUAAAGGGCAGGAGAAACAACCCGCCCAGGCCAGUAAAUCUGCACGGCCUUUAUUCUCAGCAGAGCCAAGCUCUCUGGCCCAGGGUGUCUGCACCUCUGGUGACCAGAAGGAGCCCCUCAAUGAGACUCUUUGUGUAAGAACACAGCAAAGGCGCCAGCAUUAAAGACCGCCCCACGCUGGAUGCUGCCGUGUUAUUUUUUCCUAGAACUGGCCUCAGCAGCCUCAGUGGUUAUCAAGAGCAUUUGAGCUUAAACCUAAAUUGAAAGGCUUGCUCUGUUCAGCGGGAGAGGGACAAACAUCCAGGGGUCUUCCAUCCAAAGUGCUGAAUGGUAAACAAAUUGAAACCAAGUUCUUUGAGUCUCUGGUCCCACGGCAUUUCCUUCUACAUACUGAAUGGCCUGCGAGGUUACUAGGAUAAAUAUGUGUUUUGAGUCAGUGCUCCAUUUUUUUUUUUCCUACUUGGAGGCAAUCUCACAAGUGUGCUAGGUCAGCUAGCCUCACGGUUGAAAAUGAAUGGCUAAGCAUGAUCUGCUGGGGUCCCCAUGUUCAGAAGCUCUACUCGCUGGCUUGACAGCCUCGGCCGAGCAACCUAGCGUCUUUGGGCCUCAAUUUCAACCUGUUAAAUGGGAGGGGAAGGGAAAUGCAGGCUGUUAUUGCAGGGUUGCUGGGAAGACAGGCAACUCACCUGACACUCUUAAUAUAUUACUAUGCAUUAAUUCUAUUAAUUUUAUGUAGUAAUAUAAUACACAUUAUUUUAUAUAUUUUAUCUUCUAUAUAUAUAAGAUACUAUUUAAAACAUAAAUACAUAGUUAUAUACAACACACUAUAAUAUAAAAGUAUAUAUAAUAAUAUAUAGAAGACCAAUACAAAGAAAUGUCACGUCUAAGUGACAAGUCAUUUGUGAACCAUUAAUAAAUAUAAAAUGUACCUGAUGUACUCAUUAAGUGGAAUCUAUCCAUCCAGGGGAGAAUUCUCAACUGGAUACUGAAAAGUUCUCGUGGGUUGGGCCCCAGUCCACAGACCAGGUGAUAAUGAGAUAUUUCCGAGCCAGGUUCAAACCACAGUGUGUCACAUGAACAUUUCAUAGCCAGUGCCAGAGCUUUCUGGUUCUUGUCAAAGUCUACACAGUCUACUAAACCAUAAAGGGCAGCCUUUUCUCAUCCAAGGCCAGACUCACACCUCUGGGCAGCACCUGAAGCAUAGGAUUUCUAUUUCCAUAGUCUAUGGUUUGCAUCCCCGCCUCUGGACCUGAGGUGCUCGCACAUUUGUUUCCAGGGAAUACAGGAUGCACACAGAAUGCAAUGGCCUUCUGUUUCUCAUGGUUACUACAUUUGAAAUGUCUUCUAUAAUAUAUGCAAAUAAACAUUGUGAAAUGACUUCAUUAACUCUUCCUCCCACGGCUGUGCUCCCCGGAGAUCCUGCAGCCUUAAGGGAAGGACUGUUUGGGAACUUGGAAGGGGAGCCUUCCUAAAGAGCCUUGCCUGGGUUAUUCCGGGACAUUGCAAAGCUGUCAAGAUGUCUCUGCCUGACCUCCUGGAGGGAGGACCAACUGCAAAGGGUAGACACCCUCCCUCCUCAGUCGUCUGACAUCUGUGAGAUUCAAACCCAGGACAAGUCUCACUUGGUACCUGUGGCUCCUCCCAGCACUUCUCAACCUGUCCCCUACCCUAAGUCCCUCCCUCCCAGGGGUUGGGCUUCACACACACACACACACACACACACACACACACACACACACACACACACACACUCCUAUUCUAACCCAGUCAUUGAGGCUACACUGGUCUCUUGGUCCUGUCUGUUGCUCCCCCUCCCUGUCUCUCCUCUCAGCGUCCGGUUUAGUCUGCCAGCCAUGUUUAGCCUGGGCUCUUCCUUCUGCCUGCUUUCUCUACAUCUACAAUAAAAAUCUCCUCCAUACGUCAGGAGUAAUCCCGUCCUCCUCCUAUUUUAUUUUUCUUUUUAUUCAUCUUCUCCUGAAAUGACCUGCAUGUUCAAAACCGAACUCAUUUUUCAUAUCCACCUCUUCUUAAGACUUCCAUUUCUGUUGGCAAGCUGUGUAUCUCAACAUACAUACUGACUGAGAUGGAAAAUAUUUGCAGAAACAAGAAGAAAAUAAAACAUGCUUUCUGCACACAUGGCUGUCUCUACCUACCACUCAGCAUCCCAGGCACCAAGACAGAAAUAGUACCUUCCUUGGACUCAUUUUCAACAUAUCUCUCCACUUCCUUCUGGGCUGUGUUUAGAUCCAGUCAGCUUACCACCGGUGAUACAACAGUCACCUGGACCAGUCUGCCUGCCUCACGUCCCCUAUCCAGUACACAGUUCCACACAGUCACUCUAAAACACUUCAUUCAAAAAUCCAUUCAGGUGCAGGGGGGAGGCCUCCUCAGCCACAACGCUAAAUCCCCUAUACUUAUUAAACACCUUGUCACUUCCCUCUGUCAACCUUGCUGCUUGGCCUUGUUUCCUGGGCUUAUCACCUAGGGAUUCAUAGACUUACAACUCUUCAGUCUUUCUACACACUCAACUUUGCUCACUCCCCAGGCACCGUUCCCAUGGUUUUGUUUUUUGGUUUUUGGUUUUUUUCCCUUUUUUUUCGGAGCUGGGGACCGAACCCAGGGCCUUGAGCUUGCUAGGCAAGCGCUCUACCACUGAGCUAAAUCCCCAACCCCCAUUCCCACGAUUUUAACCUUGCCUCAGGUUGGUGGCUGAGUGUGUCAUGGCUUCCCUGAUUUACCAUGGUCCCGACCUAUACCCUUUUCUCCUGCACCUUCCCAUCAUCUUUGGGUUCAUUCCCUGGCUCACACUCACCCCUCGAGUUAGUCACCGAGUCCUGUGUCUGAUAGUCUCAAUCUCUCAGAUCCAGCUCCUCUGGCUGUUUCUGUUACAACCCAGCAUCUUCUGGUUAGCUGGAAUGCUACACAGUAUCCUAACUGGAUACAGUGGCCCCCUUUGUAUCUAUGCCGUCACACAGUUCACACUGUCCCACACCUGCUGCCUUAAUCUGCUCCCAUCUGACUAAACUCCAACUCUUCCUCUAAUACCCAGAGCUGUUCCUCAUCCUUACCUCUUCCCAGCCCAUAAUGCUCCCCUCCCAUCUGCCAGAAAAAUCUCGGCUGCUCCCUCAGCUCCCCACCCAACUGUGACUGCCCCUUCCAUAGCUACUCUCAACAUGUCACUCCUCUGGGUAAGUUCUUCCCUUCUUCAACAUUCUUUCUGUGUCUCCCAGGGACUCUACCAGCCAGGCUUGUACCCCUAUUACCAACCACAGCAGCAUACACGGGUGUGUGUGGUGUGUGUGUGUGUGUGUGUGUGUGUGUGUGUGUGUGUGUGUGUGUACAUGUAAGCGCGCGCCCAUCAGGUUUCAGAAAUUGAGCCAAAUGUUCUUUCUUGUGCUGCUCGGGUCUCCUCUGUAGGACAUAACUGUCUUGUGUGCAUGCAUGUGUGUGUUUCCUCAGGGAUAGGUCCUAAGGUUGUAAAAAAAAAAAAAAAAAAAAAGGUCACUUCUUAUGUACUUUUCAUGUCUUGCAAGAAUUUAUGUUCAGUGGUCAUUUAUUAACUCUCAUGAGGAGUCCAUGUUCCACUUGGCUUAUGCCUCUAAAAGUUGUUAAUUUCCUAUCAAACCAUGUCUCAACUUCUUGGGCAGAAGAAAUUAUAUUUAUAUUAUAUUUGUCCCAUAUUCUUUACCUUCUGGGAAGGAGCUGUAAGUUCACAAGAACAUGAACCGAGUCUAUAUACUAAUCCUGGUAUCCCCGGGGCAGCAAGUAAGUGCCUGGGAGUUCAGUGACUAGCUCCAAGUGAACUGAUUAGCAAAGAGGCCAAGGAGAGAAUGGGUGUGGCCUGCAGGGUGGCAAUGAGUAGAUGUCCUUGCUGGUGUCUUGAGUGGGUGCCGGAGACAUUAGAAAAUCAUUCAGACUUCAGAAACAGGAAAGGAGAAACCCUAACACAUAUACCUUAAAAGUGGCAUAGAGGCCACCAGACUCCAUGGUAAUGGCACUCCAGCUAUUAUUUUCAAUAGCUGGGCUGGGGUAAAGGCACUUGCCAAUAAGUCAGAGUUUGACCUCAGGGACUCACAUGGUGGAAGAAAAGAACCAUCUCCGACAAGUUGUCUCUGACCUCCAUACAUGUGCCAUGGCCCACAUGCACACAAUAAUAAGUGAGUGUGUGUGUAUGUGUGUGUGUGUGUGUGUGUGUGUGUGUGUGUGUGUCUGAAGUGACUGAAUCUCUAGAAAGCCAUCGAGUUGUUUUAAUUCAAUAAAAACACAAUUUUAAAGGCUUCAAUAAAGGAAUAGAAUCCUCCAAGAGUUUUGUGCAGCUCCAGUCUGAGGUAAUGAGGUAAGGAGAGUCUCUUCCAUGCAUCUAAUAGAAGCACUGAGAGUGAUGGAGGCAGACCGGACCACAGGCAGUCAAUAGAAGGAGGAGACGGGCAGCAGGGGACCCCGGGGCACAAGGAGAGAUGGCAUUCCCUUUAUUGUUUAUUUGGUGCAACCCACAACUUGGGAGCCAAGAACCAUCCUAUCUUCUACUGAGAAGACCUACAAGGAAGUUCUCUGCCUGUAGAAAAGGUAAUUUUGAACGGAGAGGGGGAAAAUGUGUUUCUUCUGAUGAUAAUGGUAAGAGGUAGGAAGACGGGAAUCACCCCAGAAGUGGGGUGUGGGGGACAGGAUGCCCACACUCUGGCACUCUGGUAAAGCUGUCUCGCCACCCCAUAAUAAAAAGGAAGUAGGCUUCAGCAUUUCAAACCUAGCAGGCUGUCUCCACUCAGCUACUAAUCCCAGGCUGCCGCUGAGCAAACACCCUGAGGCAUGCAUACUCAGACUAUGAUGGAGAUGUGUGCCCCCCCCCCCCCCCCCCCCCGUGCUAAAACAUCUCAGAUUUCAGCAUCUCGCAAAGCACAGGUGAGGUGAACAGGAGUCUUGGCAUAAGUGAGAAAUACAAUGCCUUGGACUCCGAAUUAACUUCACCACAGGGAGACAGGAGCGACGACGGGAACACAGAUGGUGAGUGGCAGAAAGAGGGACAGAUGAAACCAGUGUGCAGAAGAGUGGCAAGUUUCAGUUGACACCUCGGCUGCCAAGGUGCCUGGCUAGAGACCAGGAGGGCUUCACACCCCAGCUCCUUCCUCUCUGCCUUACAUUCGGGAGCUUGUGCCAACAGGGACAGCAAGCGCCUUGCUUUUUCAACAACAUUCAGGUGGGACCUCGGUGGCUGACCUCUGAUGUCAUCAUUUCUCUGUACCUAGUUGACUUUUGCUUGAGUUUUUCAGCCCCCCUUGUUGGAGAAGUCCCUGCCUGGGCACUAUUAAUUACAAACUUUACACCAAGAGAGAUGUCCUCAGCUCUGUGUAGCUCCUGUCGGAGGCUUCACCAGUGUUCCUGACGGGAGGUGGCCCUGGCACUUGGGGGGGGGGCACAAUCAUGCUGGCGCUUUCUUUUCUGCAUAUCAAGUUGAAGAUGGAAUUUUCAAAUCUGGAUGUGGACCCCCAUGACAUGUGCGGAAAAGGACAGUGAUCGUGUGACAUGUUUUGUCAAGGCUCCUCAUUUACAGGGGACUGCGUUAGUAGAGCACACACUUCCUCUCUUGUAAAGAAUGCUUACCCUCAGGGGAAAGGUCGAGGGGGCGUUCUCACAGAGCACAAGAUGCUCCGAGCCACCUCACCAAGCAUACCCUACAGGAGAAAGGAGUCUUUCCAUGCGUAAGGGGAAGUCCUAAGGUAGGCCGGGAAGCCCAUGAUCCGUUCACCAGGUCUGUUCAUUCUGUUUCUAAACCCCAAGACCCAAGAGGGAGCACUAAGGGUGAGUGGGAGAGCUAAGGGUGGGUGGAUAAACUUCUGGGGGACCCCUGGGGCAACCUGUUGGGGGAACUUUACUGCUGAUCUAAGUCUUCACUGACUUCAAGCAUAGCCUAAUCCUGUAGAACAGGAAGCUUAUCAUGAUCGACCUGAGGGGUCUGUCUGGUCCACGUUAAUCCACUGAUGGCUGAAAAAAGGCAUGUGUGACUGAAUUUUACCAGAUCUCUGCCCUUCGCUCCCUCUCUGUUGGCCACCCACAGCCACAGGAGGAGCAGGGGACACAUUCCAGGAGCACGAAGUCGAAGUCUCUGGUGGCAUUUAGGUCCUGAGGAUUACACUAUGUCCCCAAGGAGCCUCUUUUACUUCCUGUGUGACACAACUAUCUCUCUCUCUCUCUCUCUCUCUCUCUCUCUCUCUCUCAUUCUCUCUCCUCCCCCUCCCUUUCCCUCUCCCUCUCCUCUCCCUCCCCCUCACUCAGAAAGCCUGUGCCCCAUUUUUGGAUUUCUUGGUAGUCACUCAAUGAGAGUGGCGUCCUCUCAGCUCGCCCCCCACAUGCCUGAGGACACAGGCCCUCUGUUCCAGAAACCAUGCUUCCUAAGCAUUCUCUCCAGGUUUUAGGCCAUUCCGGUAGGUUCUAUCUCUAGGGAUUAACUCUUUGUCCACAUGUUAGGAUCCCAGGUCAAGGUCCCUCUACUCCUAGCCCCUGCCCUGCCACUCCCAGUCCCCACUGAGUUCACAGUAUCUAGGACCAAAGCCACAGUAGCAAUUUUCCUUGAGAUAGACAGGGCUUGGUGUCAGCCCCACUCUGCUCAGAGAAGGGAAUGCAGGCUCAUCGAGAGCACAGGUGCUGAAACCGGGGGUGACCUUGGCCUGACUUUAGACCGCUCUCAACCUUACAGUCAUAAACACUAAGGCCAGACUCUCCACCUGACUGCUCUUAACUCUCCUUACUUGCCUGAGCAGCUACUUGAGAGGCUGAUUUCUUGCCUGUUGCCAGGCACCCUUGCUUUGUUAGGGAAUGCUAAUUUGGGAGUGCAUGUGCCCAUUCCAACCUAUCACAGGAGUCCUGGGCCUCUCCUCAGUAACGAGUGCGGCUCCUUCAGCCUCUUCACAAAAAUAAGCUGUCACGUGACCCCUGGGAAGCCUCACAAAGCAAAGUAGCAAAGAAUUGCUGGACUCUGGUCUGCAGACCCCACGGACUAUUUAUUGUCACAACAAGAGUGGCCGGGUCUUCUCCCCAAGGGAUGGCAGAGACUUUUUUAGCUUCAGAGUGGAUGCAAAGUGGGUCCAAACUCAUUCUUCCUACUUCCGGCUUUGGAUCCAGGUCAAGGUACUUCACCUCUGAACUCCAGUCACCUCAGCCAGGCAGUUGUAAUGGCAAAGGUAUCCACACCAGAGGGCGGGGGUGGGGCUGCCGAGACACAGGCCGCAAGGUGUGUGAUGUUGUGGCAGGUGUCUGGCACACGCAAAGAGUUUGGUGUCUACUGUUGGGGCUGACGGGGACAGCUAUGAGAAGGCCGGAGGCAGGGCUGGGAAUUCCAGGCCCCUUGCAACAUAACCCCGAUUAGAGCCUCAAAGCUGCAGGAGGAUAACGCCUGCCAGUUCCUUGGAGCUGGCUGGGUAGGGUAGCAUGUCCAUCAUCGGAAUGGAUUGUUACCGUACAGCAUCACGCAGAGAGCCUACUGCCCCACACCUCGGCAGCUGGGAAGGCAGAAGCAGACUCUAGCCCAAGGCUGCUAACUUCUACCACCAACAUGCAUCUGCUUGGAUCUGGGACCACCUAACCAGUCUGCCCUGCAGCUGAACCAGACACCACCUGGAGGGACACUUCUGAAGGGAAAAAGGUCACCUUUACCAGGGGCUCAAAGCAGCUAAGACUCACACACUCCAUGAGUUUUCCCUUCUUUCCCCAUGGGACCUGAACUUCCCCACAGCAGCCCUGCUUUUGGUGGGGACUUUCCAUCUAUGUGUUGCCCCUUCUACGCCCUUGUGUUUCUUAUUAAAGGUCAGUGUGGCCCACGCAGCGCCACACUGACUAUCUGUGAGCAUGAAUUUUCUUAUCAGGAAGCACAUGGCGUAUGAUUGCCUCCCCCAAAAAAUAUGCCUUAAAAACCUCCUAAGGCCUAAAUUGCACCCCCCCCCCAUCCCCCAAGUGCCGUGUUCCUAGAGAUAUCCCCACCCUCCGAGCCUAGUUCCUCUGGUCACAAAAAGCAAAUGUCCCUCUGUUGCCAGGAUACCAAGCCUUCCCUCCUGUAUGCCCCUCUGUGUACGCAGUAAUGUUGGGGCACUGGCCAAGGGAUAUCUCUCAAGGAGAAUAGGGGUGGUUCUUCCUGCUAACAGCUAGGAUCAUGGGGAAAGCGUUUGUUUACCUGUGCACUGAAGAAAGCUGGAGUGAGGGAUCCUGAGGGGAGGGCUGGGCUGUUGAGGGCGAUGGAGCCGAUGUCGGUGCCGGAGAGCAACAGUUGGGGCGCGGAGAUUUCCAAGCCUUUGGGUUUUUUGCCUUUUGGGGGAAGAGAUGGAGACUUGGUUUUGGAGCCCGAUGACAGAUUUAGGGGCUCCAGAGAAUCCGCGUCAUGGCAGGCUGCCUCCAGGAAGAGGCUUCUAUGUUCGGAAGGGAGGGGAGAGUUGGGGGACAGGGAUGGGGACCGAGAUGAAGAGGGUGAUGCAGACGAAACGCUGGCAGCAUUUGGCAACAUUAAAGAGGAGAUCUUGGCUGAAACAGACGAGGCCAGGAAAGCGGAUGCCGCCGCGGCGGCCUCGGAUGUGGAAGGCAGGGACACCACAGGCCUGGUGAUGUGCUUGUCGGUUUUAUUGGUCACAAACCUGAUCACAGUCCUGACUUCUUCCACAGGGGGGCUGUCAUCACAUGGCUCCUCCAGCUUCUCUGUCUUGAUGGCCUUGAAGGCCUCUGGAGCGUUCUGCAGGGAGUUGAUGGUGAAGGACGAGUACAGGCCUGAGUGGAUGUAUUCGUUGCGGCUCGCGCUUUUGAGGGAAGACAAGCCGUGCUUGUGGAUCUCUCGGCCUUCCGGGGACACCUUACAGUCGCUGUCCUGCAGCAGGAGGCUCUCCCGGCUGAUCUCUACCGCGUGAGGAUCCAUUUUUAGGAUAUCCGGGAAAGAGACGAACUUGUACACAAACUUCUGCCCGAUCACUUUCUUGAUAAUGUUCUGUGAAUGCAAAAGCAGACAUUGCAAUGGGUAAGCCAGAGACAUGGAAGGAGGGUACACAGGCCUGACAAAUGCUGGCAGCAGCUGAAGCACCACCGAUAUUCCUGACGCCCACAGGGUGCCUACGAGGAAUGACUCACGUUUGCAUUUGCACUGUGGUCCUGCUGACCAGGAAUAGUGACUGAGGUCUCCAGCCUACGGCAACUUUCUCAUCUAUUGUCUGUGAUAAUUUCGUAAUAGCAAAAACUACCACUGAGUUAGCACUUAACUGUGUGGCUGGGAUGAUUCAGACCUUAGCACGGAAAAUUUGCACAGUAAUCCUACAAGCAGCUUUUGUCAUUUUUGUUUUGCAGUUAGGAGAGGGAGCUAGGGAGAUGGCCUAGCGAAUAGAUUGCAAGCAUAAGACCUGAACUCCGGAUCAGCAGUAUCCAUGUAAAAGGGUUAACAACGGGGAUGCCUGGGACAAGCUAAGAUGUCCAGGAUGACUAGGACGGCUAGCUAGAUCAUCCUGAAUCCAUGAGCUCUGGGUUCAGCAAGGGUUCCUGUCUCAGGAAGUAAAGUGGAGAGUAAUUAAGGAAGACCCCUGACGCAAGUCUUGUGCCUACAUACACACAUGCAGGCGUGUGCACCCUUGCACCACAUAUGCCCGCACAUGCAUGCAUGCAUACUACAUAACAUGCAAAAAAAACAAAAAGUCUUAAGAAUUAGGAGAUAAACUUUCAGUACUGCAGUGCCCCACAUGGCCGAGGUUAAGCAAGAAGUGGCAACGGAGGACUUCCUUCACCCUAACAUGGUACUGUCUUACCUGCCUCUGGGAACCAGGAGAAUACACUGAAAUACUAACAGGGAAGCACUCUUUGGGAAGCAUCCAAGAAUCUUAAGUUACCGCUACCUAGCAAUGCAACGUUUUCUUCAGUCAGGCAGCCAUUUCUGGCAAGAGAGCCACUGGAGAGGAAGAAAUCGCCCGUUUGGAUAUUUAUGGCAUUUGGCUCAUAUUCUUAGUCGCUGGUGUCUGCUUCUGGCUCUUCAGCUAAGGUUCCAUCCCUCCAGCAUCAGGAUAUAAAUGGAAAAUGAAAAUUGCUCUGAAGGCAAAAGUUUUCUCAGCCCAUGAGCGAGUGGGUUUUAUGUGGAAGGUUGUGUGCUGUUCUUAAGGCUAAUUGGGCUGGGAGAGCUGUCCCUGAAGGACCUACCCAGUUCCAUGUCUGUCUGGCAAAUGCUUGCUGCAGGGCUCAUCCUGUGGUUAACUUGCAGUCCUAAGUACUCUGGGGAAGAAAAAGAUGGCUUCCCUCUGGCUCAAAAAGCCAGCAUUAUUCUAUGAGAAAGAACCCUAUAGGUUUCUUUACAAACUCCUCCUCCUACACCUUGUAAAAAAAUCAAUCACUUGAGGGAGAAGCAUUGUAUGGAUAGAGUGCCCUACAAGUCCAGCCAUCUGGUGUAUAAAUCCUACAGUAGCCCCCAUGGAGGGAGGAAGGUAGCAUCCUUCCACUGCCAAGACAAAUGUGGAGCUAGAGCCACAGCCACAGACUGCCAAGAUCUCCUGGCACUGAAGCCAGAGCCUUUCCACACUUCCUCACAGCGGGGAAGAAAGCACAGUACCCCCUGACAGAGACAUCUCUGUCAUUUCUGACCCUCCUUGGGUGCUCAGGGCUUGUUCUAGCUAUGACCAUGUUAGACUUUCCCGUCCUUUCCUACAACAUCAGAGAACCUAGUUGCCACGUUCAAGAAGAAAUUCCUCAUUGUGGGAUUUUACAAGAGGCAUGUAAGGGAACCCCCUCCCACCAUGAGCCCCAGAGAGAGCCCUUGUCCAGCAAAGCACACAGGUGUGCCUGUGCCAAGGGACAGGUCAGACUGAACCUAGUUAAACAGUCCCACGGCUGCUGUGCUAGGGUUCUCUGGGCUGCAACUCACCCCACCAAAAUCCAUGACUCUGGUCCCAUGGUGACUCUAGCUGAUCUCACCCCCAUGCUGGCAAAUCUUCAGAGGAAUGGGGGGGAGGGGCAAAGAAAAGUUCCACCUGCUGCUGAGGGAUGGUAUCUCUCUUGAGGAGAGCGCCAGGCCUGGGUGGAGACCAUGCCAGGAAAACCAGCUCCCCACAGGAAAAGACUAAAUCAGGGAGUCCAGGGCCUGCAUGACCCAAAGCUAUUCCUGUUAUAAAGGAGUAUGUACUGUGGAGCCUCCUCUGCUAAAACUGCUGGUUCUUUUUAUUUAUAUCCUAUAUAUUACAUUUUUAUUUAUAUCCUAUAUAUUACAUUUUUAUUUAUAUCCUAUAUAUUACAUUUUUAUUUAUAUCCUAUAUAUUACAUCUUUAUUUAUAUCCUAUAUAUUACAUUUUUUUCUUACUUAUAGCUGGUACUUUCCUGUUUGGCAGAAAACUUUUUUUUUCCUUCUCAACCACUUUAAACACUCAUCUCAAUUGAGUGAAUCUCUUAAGCCUAAGUAAUUGCACAGAUAAACCGUUGCUUCAACUGACCAGUCCCACAAACUAAUUUUCUUUAACGGCUGGAUCAGAGAGAUGAUUACUAUAUUUGUGAGUUAGCCAACAAGCAGCGAGGGACUGUUAUAAAGUGUGUUUUAGGGUCCAAUGAUAUCGCUCGGCGGUUAAGGGCAUAGACUGCUCUGUGGGAAGACCUGAGUUAGCGUGCUAGCAUCCAUGCUGGGUGGCUCACACUUGCCUGGAACUCACAUCCUGGAGGAUCCGAUGCCCUCCUCUGACUUCCUUAGACAUCCGUACAUGGGGAACAUAUUCACACAGGCAUGCAGACAUGAAGCAAAAGCCUUUGAAAAGCACUUUAAGUCUCUCCUCAAAAACUUGGUUGGGGUUUAAAAGCCAGUCAUGGAUGGAGAGCCGCCGGGCCCUGACUCACAAGCCUUCCAGCUGACGAAGGACAGGAAACUGAUACAGACUUAGGACGGAGUAUUACGCAACACCAAAAAAGCAAGAAGGGCAGAGACAUGCUACGACAGGAUAGGAGUCAUCGUGCUAAGAGACUUUAAAGGCUGUCUAUCAUAUCGUCUGUUUAUAUGAAAUGUGUGGAGCAGAAAAUAUCCAUCGCAGGCUGGCGUGGUGUAAUCCUAGGACUCUGGAAGCCGAGGUGGAAGAAUGGGAGGUUUGAGAUCAGUCUGGGCUGCACAGCAAAACCAUCUCAGAAAGCCAAAAAGAGGAAAGAGACCAUUUAAUCACAAUGUGGAUUACAGGUACCCAGGUGUAUCGGCCAUUUCCAGGAGACACUUUUACAUCACUCUUUUCCAAACUCUGGCUCUUGUCUUCCCACCCCCUCAGCCACCAUUUUUUUUUUUUUUGAGACAGUGUCUUAUUGUAUAGCCAGUCUGGAACUUGCUGUGUAGACCGCCCUGUCCUGGAACGCAAGAGAGAUCAGCCUGUCUCUGCCUCUUGAGGACUAGAAUUAAAACAAUGUUCCACCACACCCAGUGCCCUAAAACCUUCUACAUAGAUGCUACCUACAUAGAGACAUGCAAACACCUCUACAAUGUCACACAUCCUUUGAGAGUUUCUAAAACUUCUGUCUCACCAGUUUGUGGACUCGGUAAAUGCUAAUCAUGUAUGUGUGGAACAUGCUUUACCAGGCUAGCACUUCAGUGUUGACCUCAGGUAACAUGUCUGGAUGUCAUGCCCUCCGACUGCUUAGCCAACUCUCAUUUUCUCAAUGGGUCUCCCAUCCUUCUCUCUGGUCCAGCUCUCCCACGCUCCGUCCUCUGAGGGCUCCCUGGAACUGCAGCCUUUUACCCUCUGACCUUGCCCCACCCCGUCCUGUGCCCAGCCCAGAGGGAAAGUUGUAGAGAGGCCUCCUGCACCACCAGCUGGGGCUUUUCUCAGCCUUGUGCUGAGAGCCCAGCUGGGAAAGGGGACAAUAUCAGAGGACCUUUCCCAGAAAUAUCUUCUUGAUACUACUGCAAGGCCGUGCUUGGAUGAAGUCCUCAUCUGUAGAAUGGGACCGACCGACCCACCUAAAGCUUGCAGCCAGAUACCCAAUAAAUCCACACGCGAAACACCGUUUAUCAGCUUUAGCGUAACGUUCUUAUUCUCUGCUCCCAUUUAGCCAGUAUCAACCCAUUACCACUACCCACUCUUGGCCCGGAUGACAAUUUAAUAGAUAAUAUAGACCUCCUAGAUGGCUGCAUGCCUUCUAGAGUUUUUCACAGUUCUGGGUUAAAUAGCCCAUGGCUCAGCAGGCACAUCACAUCUGGUUUGUAUAUCUCAACCAAGCCGGGGAAGCAUGGUGCUUUACUAAGUUGGACCCACACAAGAAAGAGAUGUGAAGUUUACGGUAUAUAUUCACCAUGGAGAAAAGCUCACACGACCCAACUAAUUACCAGGGCUGUGGGGAGGGGACAAGAGCACUGGCCCUCGGGGACCCAUUACUAAAUUGAGGAGUCUCGGGAUUCGCAGCAAUGAGGAUCCCAGCCUGUGGCAGGGACACUGCACACUAGGUCCUGUGCAGAGGCACAGACAAGAACCAGACACCCAGACGAUGCCAGCAGCUGCUUGACGCCUCUUGAGGCAAGAAAUGUGCUGCCAGACAAGGAAGAAUAGCCUGGCGUACUGACGGUGGCCACGGCUCCGAAGGGAGAUCACCGGAGGCUGCUGGCCCCAGGGCCUGUCACCGAGGUCCCAGGCACAGGGAACCAGGAGCUUGAGCGCUGGCACACACAGGAUGAUAGGUUUCCGUGGGGCGCCUUCUCACAGCAAACGUUUCAUACAAACUGAGCUGUGGCAAAAAAGGCUAAAGGAAGGCCACCAGCUGCCAGGAACACAGCCACCUUACAAGGGACACACCACCCAACCGCUUUAAAGAUGGAGCUGUCAGGAGUCGCUGUGUAGACAGGGAGGUUUGAUCCAACACCUCGUCGUGGAGAAGUAGGUUAAGUAUUUCAGAGAACAGCAGCAUUCUGACUUCCUAUGUCUUUACAUAGACUUUAGGUGAAAAUUAUAGUGCCCAUGGAUGUCCCCAACAUUAAUGAAAUAAUGUUAGUGUGUGUGUGUGUGUGAAUUCAUGCUUAAAAGAGAAAUUAAUCAAGAUGAAUAAUAAAACGUAAUAGUGAUUAUA